GGACGAGGGGAUGUUUCACCUUUUUGCGCCCGAAUAAAUCUUAUUUUACAGUCUGUUACCAACUUUAACGCAUUGUUUUAUGACAUUUAGAUUGAUUUGUACUUAUAUUUGUGGUGUUGUACCAACAGAAGCACCCAGUAAGGUCAAAAUGGCUCGACAGCAACACCGUCUCACCCUCUAAUUUCAGCCAGAGGUGGUACAGUCCAGAGAGCGGGAGGCUGCAAACAGCUAGCUUCAGAGAUCAGCUGGGAUACUCAGUCCAGGAAGAUGAGUGAGGAGAAGGCAGAGGAGCUGAAGCAGCUGGAGACUGAGGUGAAGCUGCUGCAGGCAGAGAUCAUAGCUCUGCAGCAGCAGCGGCAGGACAGCUGGGAAAACGUCUCUGUCCAGUUCAGGGGACAGAUGCAGGACGCUCUAGCGUUUGUCUGUGGACAGACACAGGACCUGGAGGAGACGGUGGUGUCCAGGCUGAAGGAGGAAGUAGAGGAGCUGGAGAAGGACCUGAAGUUGCAGACUCAGAUGAAUGGCAUCUGCCUGAACAGCUGCAUCACAAAGACCCUGCAGAGCCGCGGUCAGGAGGUGGUCCACCAGGUCUGUCUGUCAGGUCGCAGCUAUGAGCUGGUCUUCCAGGUAGAGUUCCAGCUUUCUGAGCUCAAGGACGGAUCGAGAACAGAGCGGAGAAUCAGAGAUCUGAACCUGGUGCUGGACUCCAGCGACCUGCAGAGCCUCAGCAGCUUUCUGUCCAGAAACAAGAUGGCUGCCGGGCUGAGGUCAGCAGAACUGCAUCUGGAGGAAGGACGAGACUUAUGGGGCAAAGUCCUCUGGACAGAUGAGACCAGAGUGGAGAUGUUGAACUGUGAUGGACAGAACCAAACACCACAUACCAACUGUUGCACAUGGUGGGGGAAGGAUGACGAAGUGGGCUUCUGCUGUAAUUGACUGCAGCCAAAGUAUUCUAGAGUCCAAUGUGAGCCCUUCUGUCCUACAUCUGAAGCUUGGUCCAAACUGGGUCUUCAACAGAACCAGGGUCCCAAACUGAGCAGCAGAUCGACAAAAGGGCUGAAAAAGAGGAGAAUCGAGGCAUUUCAGUGGCCUAGUCAAAGUCCAGACCUCAUCCUGGUUGAAAGGCCAAGGUGGGACCAGGACCCUAUUAUCAGUGUGUCAGUCUAACACCCAGAGCUGAGAGGUUCUGGUCCGUUCUUCAUUCUGCUGCAGAGCGUCUGCUCUGCUCUGAUUGGCUCUGAGUCUGAGGCCAAACCACAUCUGGAUCGGAUGACCCAGACUGCAGAACCUGGCAACCAGCACAUGGAAAAAUACUGAAGACAAUGAUUCAGCUGCUGCUGCUCCGUCAGGACCUCUGGAUCUGUGCUUGCGUGCGUGCGUGCGUGCGUGCAUGUGUGUGUUUCAGCCUGUCCUUACUGUCCAGCCCAGAGGACCAUCUCUGAUGGAUCCGUCCGGGUUCAGGUGCUGCUGAUUAGUUUCUCCUGAGGUCAGGGUGGGUUUCCUCCACCAGGAUUACCCACUUUAUCCAAGCUGAUGUGGAUCUUUCUGAUGUUGAUCUGAUUUAGUGACUGUUGGUACUGAGCAGGAGGGGAAAACAAUGCUUGUGAAUAAACUUUCCAUUCAUUAAAAUUCAAUUAGUUUA